AUGAAUGGUAAAAAUAAGAGUAUGAUUGUAUUGGGUGUAAUAUUGGGGUCUAUUGUGUUAGUGAUUGUGAUAGGAUUGUUGUUAGGAUUGUUGUUAGGAUUGUCGUUAGGAGGAGGAAAAGGCGGCAAAGGAGGUGAUGGUGGUGAAGAUGGAGAAGACGGUGAAGAUGGUGGAAUAUUUGGAGGAAAGGGUGGAAAGUAA